AUUAAUUUAUUUGGCAAUCAAAAUUACAAAAUGUAUUUUAUUUUAUUAUUAUAUUAGUUAUUUAAAUAAGAAUGAUAUAGUGAAAAUGCGCAAGAUUAGAAAUUUAAUGAAAAAAAUGCCUUAACAAUGCAAAUAUAACCUAAAAUCUAUACCUUAAAAUACUUAUAAAGUUGUACUAUAUCAUAAUUUCCUUUGUAACUGGUGAAUAAUCUGCAAGAUCUUAUACAUUUAAACGCAAUUUAUAAGCCAAAAAACAUAUUUUGAAGCAACUUAUAUUAACUAAUCCAAAAUGUUCAAAGAAGAUGACGAUGAGGAAGAUAACACUUUCGGUGUUACGCGAUACCCUUGCAUGCCGUCGCUGGUUGCGUUACAGCAGAUGCGGAAUCGGCUGCAUCUCGCCAACCUCGGCAAGAAGCUCAUGAAAUGGACUGCAGUCGCAGCCAUGACAGAGCUGAGGAAUAUCGCGCUACAGAUCGAUGGUGUGUAUAAGAACUUCAGCGAAGAUAUGUGCGAGGCCUUUAUCAUGUUGGCAAGAUGUCGAUAUUUCAAUCCCAGUCUGAACGAAAUGGUGCUUGAAGGUUGUCCCAACCAGGCUGAAAUAUGUGUGACAUCAUCUACGAGAACCGCAUCAGGAGUGAAAAUAGUAAAGUAUUCAAUAAUAGAAAAUAACACUCACCCAUAUGAACAUCUUGGAAUAGGGAAGGGAGGUCAGAUGAUUUUAGAUACGAAAAAGGCUUGGCUUGAAUUAUUAAAACGUAUUAUAUUAAUGGUGGAGCUUCGUAAGAAUUUCAAAUUGGUCGAAGAAAUGCAAAAAUCUGCCAACAAGAAAAUGAACGUUUUAGGAAAAGUGGUUGUACCAAAAUGUAAAGCAACGUGCACGUACAUUAUUGACGCUCUGGAAGAACUGGCCAGAGACGAAUUUUAUCGACGAAAGAUGAUUUUAGAAGUAAAGGGAAAAGGUGGAAAAGACACUGAUGAAUGUUCAAAAGACUGCUCGUUUAUUUGCGAAGAAGAUGAAAAUAAACCAAUGCGCCUCGCGAUGAAUGACCACGUUAAGGAUAUAUUACAAUUAGUCAAUAGUAUAGAUGAUAAAAAGUUUUCUGAGGCGGAUAUCAAAGAUUUUUUAGAAUUAGGCGAAGAGCUUAAGAACAAAUUGUACGAGAGUAUAAAACCAGAACCAAAGUUGGAUGAACCAGAUAACAAAGACAAUGCCAAGGCAGAUAUACCAGCAGAAGAUAAAGUAGAACCAGAUAAAAAAGUAGCGCUGCCUCCCGAUGAAAAGGAAAAUAUGGACCCAGUUGAAGUAGAAAUUAAAGAAAUUACUAAAAUAGUGAGAAUCAGAAAUAAAGACGGCACGUACAGAGAAGUAAAGAAAACUAUAAAGAUACAAAAGGAAACUAAAAUAAUUGAAAAUGCAAGUAAUAUAAGUGUCCCAAAUGAUAAGAUGUUAUAUGAACCGUCUACGUCUUCUUCGAAAUCUACACCUUCGCGUGAAACAAGAAUACAAAUGAUGAAAAUUAAAAAUUGCAAUAUUCCAACGCAGCAAACAAAAGUGCAGGAAAUAGAUAAACAAUUAAAUACUGUACUAUGUGACAGUUUAUUAUUAAAGAACGAUUUAUCAGAAUCUAGUCUAAAUAUAGACAUGGAAUAUUUAAAAUCUAAAUAUUUUUGUACGAAUUGUCCAAUUUGUAAAGAGUUAUCGAGUGAAGUAUUUAAAGUUCAAGAUAUUGAAGAACUCUACGAAAAGUAUCAGUUAGAUGAAAAAAAUCUGUUCGAAACAGAAGAAAUGAAAGCACUUUGCACAACAGAUUUGACUGGAAACGAAAAAAAUAAACAAAUAUUAAUGUCGUUGUUACAAAAAAUUGAUCAAACUAAAAACGUGGCUAAGGCAUUUACAAAACAUUGUAUAUCUAGAGAUAUCGAAAACUUUAUAAACGCCUGUGUAACAUUGAGUGAUAAUUUAAAAAAGAUAACUGAACAAAAUGAAAAUGGUCGAACUUGUCUGUGCGAAGGGAAAUGUGAAACAUGUGGUUGCGUUCAUAGUGAUGAAGAAAGCAAAGAUGAUAGUAAGGAUGACGUUGACAAAGAUAUUAAGGCAGAUGAUAUUGUAAAAGAGGAAAUAGAAACAGAAUCGAAACAGAAGAGCGAAUCGAAUAUUGAGAAAAACAAUAUUUCAGCAGAGAGUUCAGGUGGAUACUUCGAAAGGAAAGUUAAGACUUCAAAAAUUAAACGAUUUACCAACAGUGAUGGUACCGUACGGGAGGAAAUAGAAACUACUAUUGUAACAGAGAAAAUACACGAUCCCGUUGGAGAUAUUGUUGAUAUAGAUCGAGAUGAUGACAUAGAUCUAGAAGAAGAAGAAGGUAUAUACAUAUUUUAUUGGAGAUUGAAUGUACUUUCAAAGUCGGUUAUGCCACGUGCAAUGCUGAGCAUACGUUAUAUUUUAUUUGAAUUAGAAGAAAUGGAGAGGGAGGAUAAUUUCAGAUUAAAACGUUUUAAAGAGUUAAAGAUUAAAAAGCAAAGUAAAGACGCGGCGGAUAAAGAAGAAGCGAAUACAGAUGGUAAAGAAAACGUUCCACCCGCAACGCCUCCGUCAUUUGAAGUUAAAUUUGAUGAUAAAAAAGAAAUGAAACGUCCUAAAGACUUCAAUGAAUUAGGAAAAAUUAAUGAAGAGCAAGAAAUACCAAAGGAAAAGAUAGAAGAAUAUAUGAAGGAACCCAAUAUAAACUUUAAUAAGAUAGAAGAAAAGGACACAAAUGAAUUAAAGAACCGAGGCGAAUAUAAACCAAGCAAUGAGGAUACAUUUGGAAAUGCGCCAUACUUUGACGAAACGUGGAAUAAAACAAUGGAUGAAAAUAUUUGUUCAUGCUCUCCAAUAUUUAUGUCAACACAAGAGGUAUGUCAAGCUGAAAUACCUGAUCAAAGCUUUAAUAUAGAACCAGAUAAAAAAAUACAGGACACCAAGUUGCCCAAAGAGGAAGAAAUAAAGAUUCCAAUAGAUAUUCCGCCUUGCAAUAGUAACAUUAUACUGACUUGGUUAAAGAAAGUUUUGGAAGAAAUAAUUUUCGAAUGUGCUUGUAAUUUACCUAUGAAUCAAAAAGAAAACGUUGCUGCUUGUUCACAAAACAUACGCAAAUAUUCUACAGAAUUUAGUAAACUUUCUAUCCAAGAUAGCACUUUCAGUGUUAAUUCUAAAGUUGAAAAUAGACUGGGAAGUUACGAAAGUAAGUACAAAGAAAUUAUAAAAGUAUCCCGAAUAGCCAACGAAGAUGGUACUGUUCGACAGAAACGAAAAAUAGUUACGGUUAGGACAGACAAGAGAAACCCUAUGAAAACUAAAUCCGUUAACAGUCAAAAUGCAAACAAUGACAAUGAUCAAAAUUUAGAAUGUUCCUGUUCAGAUUCAAGUAGUGAAAGUGGACAAAGUUGUGGACCUGAGAACGUAAACGAUCAGAAUGACAAUUAUAAAAAACCAGAAUUGAUUUAUCAACCACCAGAUUCUAGAUCUGAACCUGUAUGUAGUAAGUGUCUGUGGGAUAAACCUAAUUUACGAUCUUGUAUUUCUGCUGGGAGCAUGAAAAAUACAAAAAAGAUGAACACUAUAACGUGUUGCUACCCUAGCGAUCGUAAAGUCAAUAUUAUUAUAAACGAUAAAGCUUUUGAAGAAAAUAAUAAUAACAAAGAUACGCGACUACCUUUAGUCUCGUCUAUCAGUGUCAAUUUUUGUGAUUUGCCUACGAAUAUCUUGUUGGACUUAAGAGAUUCCCAAUGUAUAUGUGACGUAACAGAUCAGCAAAACAAAUGUAUGGUUGAUGCAGAUUUACCUGAAAUACCAGAACCAAAGAAAUCUGUAAGCACUUGUAUGUGUGAACUCCUUGAUGAUGACGAUUUCGUAACUGCUGAUAAAUGUUCUGAGUCCUGUAACACAGUAGGCGUUGAAGUUGAAUCGAUGUUUAAGAAUGCUGGCACUUGCAUGACGAAUACAGCUUAUAUAUUUAAUAAUAUUAUAGUGACAAAUAUAACGCAUUCGGAAGACCGGAAAAGUACUGCUUUGCAAUCGCCUGAUUUCUCAUAUAUUUUUAGCAAAGUGGAAAAGGUAAGACACGAUCUACUUGAUAAAAAUAUAGAAGAGUCUCAUCCAGAUCUAAAUACUGAUUUUUUUAAAGAAUGUUCUACACGUACUACAAUGUUUGAUUAUAUAUUCAGUAGUUAUGUAAGAAAUGAAAUUGACAAUAUGGUAAAAAGGGCCUGCUUUGAUAACCCCGAAUUUCCAUAUAUUUUUAGUAAAAUAUCAACGAAGACACCAUGUAUUCCUUGUAAUACAAAUUCAGUUGAAAUUGGUGCUUUAUUUAAUAAUGCUUGUAAACGUUCAUACAGUUGCACUUACAUUUUCAAUCAUCUGAAAAAUAUUCAAAUAAAUGCUAUGAUUAAACGUUCUUGCAUGAAUAAAGUUGACUUCCCGUAUAUUUUUAGUACGGUCAAAACUGAAAUAGAAGAUCAACCAAACAAAGACGCCACAUUAAGGACUGCAGAAAUUGAAAACAUGUUUAAAAAUAUUCGCAAACCCGUAACAGAAUUUACUUAUAUUUUAAAUCAUGUAAAUACAGUAAAAAUAGACAAUAUGAUUAAAGAAGCUUGUAAGCAUAAUAGACCUUUCCCAUAUGUUUUUAACAACAUUAUAAAUGAACCAAACAGUACGGAUACGUUGCAAAAGAUUAAUGAAAUGUUCAUUGAAAAUUGCAAGCAACCAAGUGAUUUUCCAUACAUUUUUAGAAGUUCCAAAACUGCUAAUACCAAGAAUAUUAGCAAAAAUGUUAAUGAAUACUCCUGUACAUGUAGUACAAUAUCGGAAGCAAUUUUAAGCAAUGACGAGGAAUGUAAAGAAAUUUGCAAACAAACAUGCACGAUGGAUGAUGAAUUAUCAAUUGUUUUUAACAAUACUGUAUUUAAAAAAUCAAACUUCCAAAAAGAAAGCCCAACAAGAUUGAAGGAAAUCAGUAAUUUGCUUAAAGAGUCUGUGCGAAGUAUGAACAGUGGUAAAUAUAAGUUUAAAUAUGUAUACAAGAAUGAAGUGAACCACAUGGAUAAGAAAACAUCAACCGAUAUAAUUUACAUUUAUACAAUAUGUGAUGCAUGCACGUCAACAGAUAAUGUUGAUUACGAAAGUAAUAAAACAGGAGUCACUGCAGUAUUUGAACAGUACAAACAUAGAAGUGAACACACUUAUUUCCCCAACGAAGUUGAGUGUCGAAAGGCUGAUAUAGUACAAAGAGCAAGUGAAACUACAUUUCAAGAUAUAAAACAGAUUUUUAAAGGUCCCUCUAAUUGCAUUUUCAAUAAGAUCGAUAUUAAAAUACCUCAAAAAGAGGAGAAACGUGAUGCCCAGUGUUGUACAUGUGAUUCAAUUAACGAUGUGAAAAGGGACGAUUUAGAAAAGGCUUCAGAAAUAUUAAAUGUUGUUGACAUAAAUACUAUGUUCAAAGAUUCCUGCGUACGUAAGAAUGAAUUUACUUAUGUCCUCAAUAAGCCUACAAACAAACCAUCUUGUGAAUUGGCACGUCGAACAACGGAUUUAAGAAUACAACAAAUGUCAAAGUUUGCAGAUUCCAAUAAUAAUGCAAUUGUCAAAAAAUGUGAAUCAAAUCAGUUUACGAAAACACCAAACUUAAUUAAAAUUGAAAAUAUGUUUAAAGAUUCAUGGGUACAAAAAAAUUCUUUUACGUAUGUACCAAAUAACCUUGAAGACAAAGUGUCGUGUGACGAGAAAUUAGCACGACCAAUUAGUGAUUUAAGACGUUUUGAAGUCGAAAAGUUACCUACAAAUCCAGAAAAUAGUGGCUGUGGAUUACAAACGUGUAUUGUAUGUAAUCCAGAUCAAUGUCUUAAUCCAAGUUAUAUUAAAAUUGAUAAAAUGAUUAAAAAAGCGUGCAAACAAAAAAAUGAAUUUACUUACGUAUCGACUAAAAUUGGUAAGAAACCUGUUCAAUUAGCACGACGAACAAGUCAUUUACGACUUCACGAAAUUAGUAAGAUUAAUGAAUCAAAGCCGAGUAAGACUAUUGAAAUCACACAAGAUACAGAAAGAAGUAGAAGUGAUUUUACCUGUUUAUUGCGAAAGGCGUUGGAGUCUAUAGAAACGAUUAAAUCGAAUUGUGAAAAAUGUAGAAACGUUGGAACAAUUUAUGACACAUGUGUAUAUGAUAACCCUUAUAAAGAAAACCUUAAUAAAAUCGAACAAGCAAAAACAAGUGAUUUCGAAAACGCUAAUAUUAAAAAGAAGCAAGAAAUUAACAAACUGAUUGAAGAUUCAUGCAUUUCUCCAAAUCCAAAAUACGAUUACAUAUUCCAAAAAGUUCCCAAAAGUUGCAUAUGCUCAUGCAUUAAAAAUAAUUUAGGAUUGAAGCUACCUUGUUCUGUAUCUUUCACUAAUAAUAUUUAUGAAGAAAUAAAGCCAUGUAAUAUUCAAUCUCAGAGUACUUGUUCAUUUGCUAACAAACGAAAACAAAGAUUUUUAAUACACGUCCCAAAUGACUCAGGGACCUUAGGUAUUGAAGUAAUGUGGAAGUCGAGCGGUGUGACUGAUAAAAAUAUUGCGCCUAAAACUAUACAUAUAACAACGAGUAAACGAUCGGUACCAAGAAUUUGUCCCGGCAAAAGUGAAAAUAAAAUUAAUAAGAAGAAAAGCUGGUGUAGAAGUACCUGCAGCAAAACAAGCAAAGUUCCAAGCGAAAAUAAUGAUGUUUCUUUAAUCAGAAGAAUGAUAGAUUCAGUUAAGAAUGUAUAUGUUCCAUUCCUAAAACCAUCUGAGCCUGAAGUGAAUAAGGAAGUAACUCAACAAAAAGCAGAUAAUGUUCUUAGUUUAAUGUCUAACUCGACAACAUCUACAUACUCCUGGAAAUCUUGUGUUAUGAAAACGUGCCAAGCUGAUAUUGAAUGCGUGGAAAAGAAUAUUUCAUAUUCAGGUUUCUCUUUUGGGUCAUCACUAGAUUUUGUGUCUUAUAAAAGUGAGGGUGUUGGUUCAGGAAGUAAUUCGGCGAUCCAAUGUGCUAUUGUAGAAGAAAGUCCUCCAUGCAAACAUAUAAAAAAAUCCGAUGUUGCCGAAAAAUUAUUGACAUUUGAUAUUGAAAUGAACUCUGGCAUUUCUUUGGAUACAAAGGAUUCUGUUAUUUCCGUCAAAGGAAGCCAUAGUAUUAAAUUUGAUCCAAGUGCCUCUGAUCAUUGUCAGAAAUGUGGAAGAAGGAAAAACAAGCCAAAAAGAGUCUGUUCAAAAUGUAGUCUUGCGCAGAACCAACAAGUUUACAGAUUAAACAAAUCUCCGAUGCCAUCGUGUACAAGGAAGCAUAUUAAGAAUUUAUUGAAAAGAUCGUGUUCGUGCUUAUCUGUAUCCUCACCCAAGUACGCUAAUGAACCAAAAGCUGAUUACUGGUACAAUUUGAAUAAACGACCAAAAUUCAAAUGUACGUCGACUGAAUGUGUCCGAGUUUCAGAACAAAAUGUUGCCAACAAAUGUAAACCGCCGAUCAGGAAAUGUCGAUCUUACGAUGAUAAUGAUUGUUGCUGUUCCAAAAAUGCUCGAAGUUUUCAUUAAGUCCAUCUUUUUAUAAAGACCCAUAAUAGCAUUCCGUUUCAAUUUUCAUGACAAUAUUUUGUUUAAAUAAGCCUUUCUAUUUCGUAGGCGAUAAUCCUGUUUAAAUUAUGGUUAGUUUAGAUAUAUACAUUAAUAUGGUUUUAAAUUUACUGUGAUUAAAAUUUGA